AUGGACUCAGCCAUUGACCUUUCCGAUGCCACCAAGGCAUUGGAUCUUGCCAACAUCCGUUUCCAGUUGAUUCGCCUAGAAGAUACAAUCACCUUCCACUUGAUUGAGCGUGUACAAUUCCCGCUCAACAAGACCAUCUAUGUCCCCAACGGUAUCAAGAUCCCCGACAGCGAAUUCAGCCUCCUCGACUACCUCGUCCGUGAGCAAGAGCGCCUCCAGUCGCGCGUACGCCGCUUCCAAUCCCCCGACGAGUAUCCUUUCUUCCCAGACGUGCUCGAAGAGCCCAUUCUCCAGCCGCUGGAGUACCCCCACAUCUUGCACAAGAACGAUGUCUGUGUCAACGACACAAUCAAGCAGCGGUACAUCGAGGAAGUCCUACCCGCAGUGUGCCCCAAGUUUGGACGGGAGGACCGCGGCGAAACCCAGGAGAACUAUGGAUCUGCGGCAACAUGUGAUGUCGCCUGUUUGCAGGCGCUGUCGCGUCGCAUUCAUUUCGGAAAGUUCGUCGCUGAGUCGAAGUUCCAGAAGGACCCUGAGACUUUUGUGCGCCUAAUUAAGGCUGAGGAUCGGGCUGGUAUUGACGCUGCUAUCACCAAUGCUGCCGUCGAGCAGAAGGUCCUUGAGCGUUUGGGUCUCAAGGCCAAGACUUACGGCACCGAUCCUGCUUUCCCUGAUGAGAAGGGACAGAAGAUCAACAGUGACGCUGUCGUUGCGAUUUACAAGGAAUGUGUCAUCCCCUUGACCAAGAUUGUUGAAGUGGAAUACCUCAUGCAGCGUCUCAAGGGAACGCAAUGGGAGUGA